AUGGCCAGUCUACCACAUCCCUCCGCUGAGCAAGUGUACGUGACAAUCUCCCCUAUUGAUGGGGGACAAAUCACCAUCCCAGAACGCUCGUUCGUCUUCCCCAAUGACCCCAAAGCAACAACAACCGUGCCAUCAAUGAGCUUCCUCGUCACCCAUCCCAACUCCUCAUCAAGGCAACCGACACGACUGUUAUUCGACCUAGGGCUACGUUCCCACAUGGAAGCAUACAUCUCCAAACAACAACUGCAUAUCCGAAAUAAUCGGGUGCCCUACCGACUCGGUCCAGGCGUAGCCCAAUCUCUCAGAGAUGGUGGUCUCGAUCCGUCCAACAUUGACAAGGUGAUUCUCAGCCACGUGCACUAUGACCACCACGGCGAUCCGAGCGACUUUCCUCGCGCAGAAUUCCUCGUUGGACCUGGGUCCUUGAAACUGUUACAGCAGGGCCUCGACAAGACGGAGUCGCAUCAAGUCUUUGAUCCGCAUCUAUUCCCAGACCUGAAGCGGGUGCAGGAAUUACCUGCUAUAGAAGAGCAAGGGAAGUGGCAGCCCCUAGGACCAUUCGAAGCUGCCAUUGACCUGUUUCACGAUGGCUCGAUAUUUGUGGUCCAUGCACCGGGUCACCUUCCCGGCCAUGUCAAUCUGCUUUGUCGGGUUGGUGAGAAGAGAUGGGUGUAUCUCGGAGGAGAUAGCUGCCAUGACACCCGGCUACUUAGUGGAGAGAGAGCUAUUGCGACUUGGACGGAUCCUCAUGGUCAUAUGCAGUGCAUUCAUCUUGAUAAAACACGGGCUGAAGAUACGCUUCGACGCAUUCGACAACUAAUGCGGACGGAUGGGGAGCAUGUGGAGGUUGUGUUGGCGCAUGAUGGGGAUUGGUGGCUGAGGAAUCGGAAUAAAGCGUUUCCAGCCUGUUUGGAUUGA